AUGGCCUUGCCCCGAGCGGCCGCCGCCCUGGGGCUCGCCGCCGGCAGGCCUCCCCAUCACCGUCCAGCCUCGUCGUCGCCAGAUCCGACAGACGCCGCCCCGAAUCCGCCUCCCCCGGACCUCCCCGCCGCCCUGCUCGCGCCGGAGCGCCGCCUGCAGGUCGCGCCGUCUCCUCCAGGUGCGGCCGCACACCCCUGGCCGGGCGCCCGUAGCCGAGCCCAGUGGCCGCGCGCCCGUGGCCGCAUGCCUGGCCUUGCCGCCCUGGCUGCGCGCCCGUCGCCGCGCCCCUGGCCGAGCCCCCCGGGCGUGCCUGGCCGCCGCGCCCCUGGCCGUGCCCAUGGUCGCCCGCCUGUGGCCGCACGCCUGGCCCCGCCGCGCUCGCCCGCGGGCGCCCCGCUCCCUGCCCACGCCCCGGCCGUGCCCGCCCGUGGUUGGAGUCGACGGGGGCGAGCAAGAGAGGCAUGCGCCGCCUGCGGCGUGGGGAGUGCAGGGGCUGCACUCCGGUGA